GCCGCGACCGACUGAUCUGAAAAUUUUCCAUUUCCCGCGUUAUCAUUUUCCCGUCUUUAUUCAAAUCUUUCUCCAACUGAGCCUCUCUGCUGCGAAAGAUUCUGAACGUUCUGGUCAUCCGUCAAUUUCUUGUUCGGAAAUUCGAUCCAUCUUGUUUGCUAUAUCAUUCGGUUCGAUUCACUUUCUUCUAUUUCCGUUUUGUCUCUCUGAAACUAGAGCAAUUCAAAUCGUAUGCCUAUUUUUUUUUUUUUUCUGUUCAUUACGUUUAUCUUCGUCAAUUUCAUUCAUGUUUAGUAGCUUUUAAUGGUGAUUUGUCUCUAUUGAUUUCAAUGCUUGGUUCGCGUUAUGAGAAAUGUUAGUAGUUUGAGUUUGAAUGGUGUGAGCUGCAAUUUUAUGUCCUGCGAUGCAAUAACGCGAAGUGUGCCUUAUUAACAUUAUAUCUUAGUAUAUUGGUCAUGACAUACAGGUCUGGCUUGGGUCGAUAUUAAAUUUCAAACAGUGAAGUACUAAUUACGGAUUUUGAGUGCGUGAUACACAUUGAAUUUUAUGUAUAGAGUUCUCCCUAAGGACGCUUGGAAAUUCUCUGAUCCUUGUAGUAGGUGCGUUGCCGAGUAAGUAUGGAUCUCUAUUGUCUAUAUUAUGGUAGUGAUGGAGCUACUUAAUUUUGUCUGAUUAAGACCACGAUGAGGAUUUGUAAACUACUUUAGUUAUUAGGUUUUAGGGUGGUGUUAUUUCGGGCCUUGCAAAAAAAAAAAAAAAACUCAGAACUGCAGCCAUGCUAGAACAAUUUGGUAAUUUCCUCUGUAGCAUCUCUAACGAUAGCAUGGAAAACACUCUUUAUAUUAUGGUGAAGGUGCUCGCUGUUAGCUGCUUCAGGCUCUGCCAUCUUAAUUCUAAUUUUUGGAUAAAUAGAUCAAGUGAUUCUCCUCACACCUUAUUGAGUGCUGGAAAGUUGAAAAAUUAUGAAAGCGGCCAGACAGCCAGGUAGAAGGGCAAAAAAGUUGGAGAAAAGGCGUGGGGGUUCUGUUGACACCACUGAAGUUCAGAAGUCUAGAAAGAUAACUUCUCAGGAGAAAAAAGCUCUCGACACUGCGCACAUUGAAGAUGACUUGAAGAAUAUACAGAGUUUGGUUGAUCGAACCAAUGCAACAGAAAUGACAAAGAGUUCAGCUCUUCUUGAUCUUUAUCCCGCACAGAAGCCCCAUCCUCGCACAAAGAUCAAGCUUCAACUUUUUCCAAUAAAUGUAAAGACCCGCAUGGCAUUGGAAAAGGAUAGAUAUCAUCCAUAUUUGGAACUGACUUUAAGGGCACGAAAGAAAAUUUCUUCGGUAUUAAAACAUCUUAUUAGCAAGUGGGGAUGUUCUAAUGUAGCACGAGGGGAGCUCACACUUUUUCCAUACGGCAAGUCAUCUAGUCUUCCCAGUGGUCUAAAAUGGACUCUGAAAGACUGUGAUAUAACUGCUGGAGAUGUCUAUGCUGCUGUGGGAGGUUCCUCAAUUUUUCGCUUAAGGUAUGGGUGGGUCUGCACAUCCAUUCCUUUCAAACUUCAUUCAUCCUCGAAUGGCUUGGAGAAAGGUUGCAGGAAAACCGUGCAAAUCAUGCAUGGGAAAGGCAACCAAUCUGAGGAAUUGAUGGACGGGAUCAAAUCAAGUAAUGUGAAUGAUGCGAAUAACACUGCUGCACCGGAGAGGAUUGUGGAUUGUCCAACUAAUCCAAUGGAUAAUGGGCCACCGUUAGACUCUGGUUAUCAGCUGUCAGCAAAAUGUGGAAUAUUGCAGUUUGAUAGUAUCUCAAACAUAAGCAUGGGAGGCCUCCUUUCUGAAGCUUCCUUAUUGGGAAAAUGCAGUUUCUGGGAUUCAAAGAUAACAGGGGGCAAUACGGGCGUACAGCCAGCUGAAGUAAUAACUGAUUCCCUUGAUGCAUGCAUUGCUGCGGCGCAGAUGAGAUUUUCUGAAGUUUCAAAGCAGCCCCGUAGUGAUCAACAUUCGUCUAUUUUGGAUGCUGAGCAGACUUGUGAUGCUUUUGCUAUGAAAAGGCUCUCUUCGUCGAGCAAAGCUACUCUCUCUAUGGAUUCUAAUGCUGGGGGCACCUUCCGAGAUGCCGAUUCCAAGUUAUUCAAAUUUCCCAAAACACCUCAGGCCUAUAGUCGAUCUGAGUAUUCACAAGAUCCUGCUGGUAAAGAAUCCAAGACUGAUAUGAUGUCCUGCUCGCGGAUUUAUCAUGAUGAAAGCAGCCUUGGGCUGUCAGGAAUCAAUUGGAGCAAUUCACUAGGACCGUUUGAUCUUGGCUUGCCUGUUUCCCGGAAGGCCUCCUCCAGCGGUGAUGGUCUUAGCAUGAGUGGCUUUGUGAGAUAGCAAUAAUAAGAACAUAGAAGCAAAUCCAUACGUCAAAGACAUUUCAUAGUAAAGAACUUGGCCAAAAAUUGCAUUAUGCUCAUUUGCAAAUAUUUUGGCAUGUUACUUGCAACUGUAUAGAUUUCUUCAGCUAUUAGUCUUAUAAUCCAUGUAUUAUGAUUACAGAA